CUUCUUUUCGUUUUCUUUUCUUUUCUCUCUUCUAUUCUUUAGCAUAAUGGAACACAACAGACCUCAUUUAGCAGUAUGCUUGCCAGAGAUUGUCAGCCAUAUUUUUUCUUUUUUAUUGCCAUGCAUCAAUCAAGAAGAACCAAAGAAGAAAAUGUAUGCCGAUCUUUACCCCUGUCUGACCGUCAAUCGUCUGUGGCACAAUUGUGCGACUCGAAUGACCUGGAGACGGGUCUACUUUGAAGAUGCAAAAGAUGAUCUUGACAUAUUUCUUAAAUUUGCUUCUAUCAUUUCUGACACACCCAUUCCAGUCUUAUCGCCUUCUACAUCAACUACGGCAGAUGCAUUAGCUGUAGGCGGAGUUACACAUACCAACAACACAACCCUAAAACAAUCCAGUCGUUCAUCUUCUAUGUCUUCUGUCAACUCAAUCAAGACACCUUCAGAAUACUCGUUGAUAGAUACUGAGUGCUUGAUCUCUGACCACAUGACUUCACCCAAGAAUCUGUAUGUCGAAUGGGAACAAUUGAAAACGAUGCAAGAUAUACGGAAACUUGAAAAAGAAGCUAGACUCACUACAUACCGCAAUGCCCUUCGAACACUCUCACUUCGCAAGAUUAAGGAAAAGUCAAUCAACAAUCCGCUCUCGCUUAUUGGACAGAUGGCUACAAAAUUACACCAUCUGGAUAUCUAUAUCUGCGACUAUCUCUCAAAUGAGACGCUUUACCCCUUUUUAGCGCAUCAAAGCCUUACUUAUCUAUCUCUUGCUGGUUGCCAUCAUAUCUCUGAUGAAGCCAUAUUAAAAGUAGCAGAAAACUGUAAAGGAUUAGAACAUUUAGAUUUGCGUGCCUGUGGACUAGUGUCUGAUGUGUCUCUUUCUGCUAUUGCUCUGAAUUGCCCUCGUUUGCGACACUUGAAUGUAGGAAGAAUCAGAGACCGUGAAAAGGUGACAAUGAAAUCGAUUUCCUUGAUUGCACAACACACACAAGCUGCUGUACUUGGUCUGGCUGGAUGUGAUGUCGAUGACGAAUGUAUGGUGACUUUGGCCAAACACAGAACAACAGGGCUUGAGCGUGUCUCUGUAAAUAGUUGUUUCAAGAUCUCUAAUGAUACUGUCUAUGCUUACAUUCGUUACUGUCCAAAUCUUUCUGUAUUCGAAAUGAAAGAAUGCCAUAAUGUGAAUGAUUGGGAAGCAGUAGCAGAACUAGUUCAAAGAAAAGUAUUAUUAACAUUAUGCGAUCAACAAAACAGAGCCUGUGCUGAAUGGGCCCGCAUUCGAGGUCGAGUGCUGGAUGUUAAGGCACCUCUCAAAUAAGCCCAAUAUAAUUAUUGUAGAUACCCCCCUAAUGAAUUUAUUGAUCUAGAUGAAUGCCUUUUUCGAUUAAAUUAUGCUUGAAUUCCAUAAACAG